AUGUAUUCGAUAUGUCGUCGAUCAAAAAUGCCGAAUAUAGACCUAUUGGUGUACAAGUAUCGGAGCACUUACUUAUGGAACAGAAUUCAGGAAGUUGAUGUUGAUCAUCGGGUUCAGUUUGACUUUGAAUCUAAAAUUUGCUUAUGUGAUAUGGCCCUAGAUACCGUCGAGUCCCGUCUAUUACUCGUUGCUACCCAGGAUGGCUUUAUGCGCAUAUUUGACGUUGAGAGUCCUUAUAUGGGGUGCGCUGAUUCAGUACUACACAAAUCGGUUGCAUCACUGCGAAAUAGUCCUUGCCAAGAGAGUAUGAAUUCGGCAAUCAAACACUUCCCUAUUAUGUGUGUGCAGUGGUACCCUGUUGACAGUGGGGCCUUUGUUUCAGCCUCACUGGACAAGGUCUUCGGAAUUUGGGACACUGUACGCCUUGAGUGUGUUACAUCAAUUCGUUUCCCUCAAAGCUUGACGUGGCUAUCCAUGUCGCCUGUUUCAUGUUAUCACAAUCUUAUUGCGAUUAGUCUUGGGACCUGUAGUGGGGAUCAUAACAGUCGGGCAGUUUUAGUGGAUCCACGUGUCGGUUCCACAGUUUCUACAUUACUUGGAGGUCAUUCUCAGUUGGGUUUGACGCAAGUUGUUUGGUCUACCAGAGCCAGCUACACACUUGUGACGGGAGGGCGGGACGGAAAAAUAUUGUACUGGGAUAUCAGGUUCCCACUGAAACCAGUGUAUUCAUUGGACAAGGAAAGUGGUUCACAAAGUGAUUUAGCCUAUUCUCCUGAAGCAUCUGCAUAUAGUGGACCUGUAUAUGGCCUCACAUUUUCACCCGAUGGAUUGCAUUUGAUCUCAUGGGGUGGUUCUGGGUCAACACUAGAUAGUUCAUGUCUUCGAAUAUGGACAUCCGGUCCGGGGGAUUCCGAAGGACCUACGAAAAUUCCUCUACCUCGUCCAGUAAAUUUUGGUAAUGUUAUUCAGAACUCCUGCAAUAGUCACCUCGCCAACUCUCAAGUCAGAAACAUUCACAGUCCACAAUCAAAUAUCCUACCUAUGAGACUGGCUGUUACAAGCGGAUCAACGGGAGAUCUGUGGGGAGCCCCACCUCUAUGUGUUUUUGUCCCAGUGAGGAACCGAUUAUUAAUAGCUUCUGCAACUAAGCUUGAUUCAUCAACGAGAUUCAUCACACGACAUUUUUCGAAGAUUCGGUCAUGUGUUUGGAAUAACCGACUAAUGGAAUUGUACACUUGCGGUGUUGAUGGAAAUUUAUUUACAUGGCCAGUCAGUCCUCUUGCAAAACAGGAGUGA